UUAUAUUUUCAGAGUUAACUAAGGAGAGAGGAAACAGCCAUUCGUAGGAAUUGACAAUUCUUACCCUGAAGCCUGUGAGUUGUGAACAGCGACAGAGAAUUUCGGUCCAAAAGUCAGCUCUUGCGUCUGCAUUUCUCCCUUCACCUCACGCAAUGUUUUCCCCAGUAAUAUAAAAUAUAAAGAUUUUGUAUCCGUAUCCCUUUCAGCAUGCUGCGGCAAUGGUGCGCUGCCCACUAUUGUUUGAUUUGAAGGGGCUGCAUCCUUUCAGCUUUCCUCUUCCUCUAGAUUCUGUCUCCUUGUUUUUUUAUGAUUAAAAAAAGCAUAAUGGGGGUUAGGGCUGUACGGGUUUGAAACGGGAGCUCGACCCUGAAGCCCAUCUGCAGAAAGGUGGCUGACCACUGUGUAUUUUGGUGGGAGGGAACCCUGGCUUCCCCUGCGAGUGAUGUUUGCCAAAUGACAUGAGCCCUUAUUUGAGGGUUUUGGCUUGUGGGUCUGUUGCUCGGAGAAAUCUCUUUCUUCAUCUCUCCUCUCCUGUGAAAAAAAAAAAAAUUUAUUAUUUUGGUUAAAAGUUCAGAAUCUGUUCAUCUCAUUGUCUUGGGAUCUGAUAUCGUUUGGAGAUCUCAGUUGGCUCUGGUGUUGAGCGUUGCUUCACUUGCAAGUUGUUGUUAUUAGAGCCUUUGGUGGUUUCUGCGGUGUUUUGGGAUGUGGGUUUGCUGUGGGAUUCUUCAUUCUCUCUGUGGACUAUAGAGCAGUUGUUCUCAUAUUGGGCAAGCUUGGCAUAGUGCUUGUUCAAGAGCUCAGAUUGAAAGAGGGAACUGUGUUCCUUGAUUCAGGUCAGGGGUUUUAAUUAUUUCUGGUGGGGGUAUCACUUGAUCAUGCUGGUGGUGGUUCGCUAUUCUCUAGUAAGAAGUUGUUAGUUGGAUAUUUUUGUGGUUCCUGAGUUGUUUUGGGAUGUGGAUAUUAAGAAAAUUUCUUUAUUUGUGUCCCAUUUUGCGUCUGAGAAGCAGUUCACGCGCAAAAAUAACAGCUUGAGCCUAGUUUAUUGGGUUGGUAUCAUUGAUUUGGGUUUGGUAUUUCCUCUGGUUUCAACAAUGUUGGUGCUAAAGUUUAUUCCAGCGACUUUCCUGAAAUGGAUAUUGGUGACUUGCUUUAUUUUCUCUUCUCUGGGUCUUGAAACCCUCAACCAAACCUGUGACUCUCAUGAUUUGUUGGCACUGAAAGAAUUUGCAGGAAACCUCGCAAAUGGAUCUAUUAUCUCGACAUGGUCUAAUGAGUCCAUCUGCUGCCUAUGGGAUGGCGUUGUUUGUGAGAAUGGAAGUAGGGGGUCACUUCCAAGGAGAGUGAUUGAAUUGAUUCUGCCCAGUAAGGGCCUGAAAGGUGCAGUUUCACGCUCUUUGAGUCAAUUAGAUGAAUUGAAAUUGCUUAAUCUUUCGUUCAAUCAUCUGGAGGGUUCAUUACCUUUGGAGCUAUCAAAUUUGCGGCAGUUGGAAGUUCUUGAUCUUAGCCAGAAUAUGCUACGUGGAUCUGUUUCAGGAGCGCUUCUUGGUUUGAAGUCCAUACAAUCUCUAAAUAUUUCUAGCAAUUCUUUUGCAGGGAAUCUGUUUGAUCUUGGGGCAUUCCCAGAUCUUCUAGCAAUCAACGUAAGCAACAAUUCCUUCACUGGGCAGGUUGAUUCUCAAUUAUGCAGUUCACCCACUGAGGUUCAAAUUCUUGAUUUAUCAAUGAAUCAGUUUGAAGGUGGGCUUGACGGCUUAGUCAAUUGCAGCAAAUCUCUGCAACAAUUGCACGUGGAUUCCAAUUCUCUGACAGGUCAUCUUCCGGACCUUCUGUUCUCAAUACCAUCUUUGGAGGUGCUCUCUGUGUCUGGGAACAAUUUCUCUGGCCAGCUCAGUGAGAAACUGAGUAAGCUCUUCAGAAUUAAAGCGUUGGUUAUUUCUGGGAAUCAAUUUUCAGGUUCAAUUCCGAAUGCUUUCGGAAACCUCACCGAGUUAGAAAGUUUUGUUGCACAUUCAAAUUUGUUCUCUGGAUUUUUGCCUCCUACCCUGUCAUUCUGCUCCAAGCUUCGAGUGCUUAGUCUUCGAAACAAUUCCCUCACGGGUAGAAUUCAUCUUAAUUUUGCUGGGCUGCCCCAUCUUUCUACACUUGAUCUUGCCACCAAUCAUUUUUAUGGUUCCCUACCAAAUUCUCUCACCAGUUGCCAGGAAUUGAAAACUUUGGCUGUUGCUAAGAAUGACUUAAACGGUCAGAUCCCUGAAAAUUUUGCAAACCUUUCAUACCUUUCCUUUCUUUCCUUGUCAAACAAUAGCUUUGUUAAUUUAGCCGGGGCAUUAUCUGUACUGCAGAAGUGCAGAAAUCUUACUACUGCUAUCCUUACAAGGAAUUUUCAUGGAGAAGAGAUGCCAAAGAAUGUGAGUGGGUUUGAGAACUUAAAUAUUUUAGCACUUGGGAACUGUGCUCUCAGCGGCCAAAUCCCGAUUUGGUUAUUGAAUUGCAGGAAGUUACAAGUUCUUGAUUUGUCAUGGAAUCAGUUGAAUGGCAGUAUCCCUCCUUGGAUUGGCAAGAUGGAGAAUCUGUUUUACUUGGACUUCUCAAAUAACUCAUUCACAGGAGAAAUCCCAAAAACCUUGACAGAGCUAAAGAGCCUCAUUUGUGCAACUUCCAAUCCAUCAGAUCAUACCAAUCCCGGGAUUCCCCUAUAUGUAAAGCGGAAUCAGAGUGCCAGUGCUUUGCAGUACAACCAGGCCUCAAGUUUCCCCCCAUCAAUAUUCUUAAGCAAUAAUAUGAUUAAUGGGACGAUUUGGCCUGAAAUUGGGCAAUUGAAAGGGCUCCAUGUGUUAGAUUUAAGCAGGAACAACAUUACAGGGACUAUUCCCAUUUCCAUUUCAGAUAUGGGGAACUUGGAAGUCUUGGAUUUGUCAUACAACAAUCUGUAUGGAUCAAUCCCACCAUCAUUUAAGGAACUCACCUUCCUUUCUAGAUUUAGUGUGGCUCAUAAUCACUUGCAAGGAGCUAUUCCAACUGGUGGACAGUUCCUAAGCUUCCCCAAUUCAAGCUUUGAAGGGAACCCAGGACUAUGUAACCUGGGAGAUUCUUCUUGUGAAGGUGUUGACAACACACGGCGGGAACCCCAUAUCCCAUCUGGCUCAGGCAGUAAAUUUGGCCGAAGCGGCAUCUUUGGAAUUACAAUUGGUGUUGGAGUUGGGAUUGCUUUGCUUUUGGCAAUUGUCCUGCUGAAAAUAUCAAAAAGGGAGGCUGAAGAUUCUAUUGACGUUGAUGAAGAAACUUCUGGGCUGCAUGGGUUUCCAGAAAGGCUUGUGGCUUCUAAGUUGGUGCUUUUUCAGAAUUCAGAUUGCAAGGAACUUAGUGUUGGGGACUUGUUGAAAUCUACAAACAACUUCUGCCAAGCUAACAUAAUUGGUUGUGGUGGCUUUGGUCUGGUUUACAAAGCCAACCUUCCUGAUGGCACAAAAGCUGCAGUCAAGAGACUUUCCGGAGAUUGUGGCCAAAUGGAACGUGAAUUUCAAGCUGAAGUGGAAGCCCUGUCAAGAGCUCAGCACAAGAAUCUUGUUUCUCUUCAAGGGUAUUGUCGGCAUGGAAACGACAGAUUGUUAAUAUACUCCUAUAUGGAGAAUGGAAGCUUAGAUUAUUGGCUGCAUGAGAGGUUUGAAGGGGGAUCAUUUCUCAGGUGGGAUGCAAGACUGAGGAUAGCUCAAGGAGCUGGUCGUGGAUUAGCGUACUUGCAUAAGGUUUGUGAGCCAAACAUCGUUCAUCGGGAUGUAAAAUCAAGCAACAUUCUUUUGGAUGAAAGAUUCGAAGCUCAUUUAGCUGAUUUUGGUCUCUCGAGGCUACUUCAUCCUUAUGACACCCACGUAACAACGGAUUUGGUUGGGACUCUAGGGUACAUUCCUCCAGAAUAUAGUCAGACAUUGACAGCUACAUUCAAGGGUGAUGUUUACAGCUUCGGUGUUGUUCUUCUCGAGCUUCUAACUGGUCGGAGGCCUGUGGAAGUUUGCAAGGGAAAAAACUGCAGGGAUUUGGUGGCUUGGGUGUUUCAGAUGAAAUCUGAAAAGAGGGAGGAGGAGGUUAUAGAUUCAAUAAUUUGGGAUAAGGAUCAUGGAACUCAGUUCCUGGAGGUGCUCAGCAUUGCCUGUAGAUGCAUAGACCCUGAUCCUCGGCGGCGGCCCUCUAUUGAUCAGGUUGUUUUGUGGCUUAAUAGUGUCGGUAGUGAUGGUGCUUAGUAAUGAAUUUUGUUAUUGUAUUAUCCCCAGAAAGUCAAGUUUCCUCAGUGUGGAAAAUGUAACUAUAAAAAACACAGCAGAAAAUUUCUAUUGAGUUGAAGGAUGUCUUUUGUUUAAGUGACCUCUGGUGUUUCUGCAAAAAUUCGUUUUAUUGCUGUAUACUGACAAGGCUCAACUUUGUAUGCAAAUAUCUACAAAUAUAUUUUUUCUACGAGUGC